AUGCGCUUCAACGUUAUCGGCCUCUCGGCCCUUCUGGCAAUCACUGCCUCUGCCCUUCCCGUCGCCGUUCGCGACGUGGAGACGGUCUAUGAAACCGUCUAUGAAACCGUCUACCAGACUGUCGGUUCGGUCAAUGCGCCGACCAACCUCCCCGUCCAGGAGAACGUCAUUCUUCCAACCACCGCUGUCCCUACCACGACCAGCAUCCCAACUCUGAAUGUCCCCACUGUCGUGCCCACCGUCGUGCCCACUGUCGCACCGUCGAGCACCACCAACGCUCCCUCCAGCGCCAGCAGCGCUCCCGCCACCGGCAGCGGUGUCUCCAUCGUCAACAACCUCCCCCAAACCGUCUACCUGUGGGUUGUGACCGAGAACCCCGGUGAAAUGCAGACCCUCGCAUCCGGCGAGACCUUCCACGACACCUGGCUCACCAACUCCAACGGCGGCGGUAUCUCCAUCAAGAUGUCGACCACCGAGGUCUGCGACGACGUCCUGCAGUUCGAGUACACCCAGUCCGGUGAGGUCCUCUUCUGGGAUAUGUCUUCCAUCAACCUGUCCAAGACCUCUGAGUUCGUCGCCGCCGGAUUCGCUGUCACCAUCAGCGACGAGUCCUGCCCCACAUCUACCUGCGCUCCUGGUGAUGCCUACUGUGUCGAGUCUUACCAGCUGCCUGAUGAUGUCAAUACCCUGGCUUGCGGUAUCGAUGCCGCCUACACCCUGACUCUGGGUUAG